UCCUCUCCAGUCUGGCAUGAAGUGCUCUCAGGAAGAGGUAGAUCUGAAUCUCCUGAGGUAUGCACACACUGGGGCAAUGGGCUCCCCAAACCAAGACAGCUUUACAUUCCACCUCUGGGAUGGAGACAAUAGGUCCCCAACACUGGUCUGUCAGAUCGUCAUCAAAGACAUGGAAAAGGGAGAUAUUGUAAUUUUUGCCAAACCCCUUGUCGUGUCGAAUGGGGACAGGGGUUUCUUGACAACUGUUGCUCUUCUUGCUGUUGAUGGAACAGACAGACCAGAGGAGCUUCUCUAUGUAAUCACUUCUCCACCUCAGUAUGGCCAGAUGGAGUAUGUCAGCUAUCCUGGAGUCCCCAUUACAAGCUUCAGCCAAAUGGAUGUAGCAGGUCAGACAGUCUGCUACGUGCACAAAAGCAAGGCAGCUGUUCCCAGAGAUACAUUCAGAUUCAUCGUUAGCAAUGGCCUGAGGACCAAGCACGGGGUUUUGGAGAUCCUACUGGAGACUGCGGAUCAUGCCUUGCCUGUGGUUUCCAGGAACAAGGGAAUCAAAUUAUUUGAGGGUGCCAUGAUGCUCCUUUCUCCUGACUUCCUCCAGCUGUCAGAUGCAGAUACUCCAGCCCAUAAUCUAACCUUCCUCUUGGUCCAGCUUCCUCAGUAUGGUCAACUCUAUCUCAGAGGAGCUGUGCUACUACAGCACAAUUUCACCCAACAAGAUGUGGACAACAUGAAUGUAGCCUACAGGCACAUGGAAGGGGGAUCCCAGAUCGAUCGGUUCACUUUUGUGGCUUCUGACGGGACAAACCAAGGUUUUCUUGUGGAUGGAAAGCUUUCUCAAGAACCUGUGUCUUUCAUUAUCCAGGUGGACCAACUAGACAAAACAGCUCCACGCAUUGUCCAUCUACAUUGUCCUUCCAAAGUGGAGCUCCUGAAAAACGGCUGUUACGGAAUUUACAUUACUUCACGUGUUUUGAAGGCAUUCGAUCCUGACACGGAGGCUGACCAAAUUAUCUUCAAUAUUUUACAAGGCCCCCGUUACGGGCAUCUGGAAAAUAUAACAACAGGUGAAUUAAUCCAUGAGAGAUUCAGCCAAAAGGAUUUGAACAGAAAAAACAUUCUUUAUAUCAUCAAUCCAUCCUUGGAAGCAAAUUCAGAUAGCUUGGAGUUUCAAGUCACAGACCCAACCGGGAACUCUGCCACUCCUCAAAUCUUAGAACUCAAGUGGUCUCGCAUUGAAUUGCUGCAUACUGAGUAUGAAGUGUGUGAAACGCUGGAUACACUACCCUUGAAAAUCGUCAGGAUAGGGUACUCCAUGGAUUCUGCUUUUGUUGGAGUAAAGGUCAACCAACUGUCAGCCACAAUUGGAAAAGAUUUCACUGUUAAUCCUUCCAAGCUGAUUCAAUUUGAUCCAGGAAUGUCAACUAAGAUGUGGAAUAUAGCAAUUACCUAUGACGGAUUUGAGGAAGAUGAUGAGGUCUUUGAAGUAAUUCUGAACUCCCCUGUGAAUGCAGUUCUUGGCACAAAGACAAAAGCUCUAGUGAAAAUUUUGGACUCAAAAGGAGGUCAGUGCAGCCCUGCACAUUCCUCCGGCCCAAACAAGUACAACUCAUGGGGGAAAGGCAUAUGGCUUCCAAUGUCUCCAGGCUCAUCAUCACCCUCCAAUCAUGGUGCAGUUCACUUAGAAGGAAGCUCUCUUUCACCUCUCAAAGGCAUGGCACUAAAUCCCAGAAGGGACAAGCUACGGGGAUUUGAGUCUACAGAAAUGUCCAGGACCAGGCUUAGCGCAAUCACCAAUGGCCAAACAGUUCAUCCAUCAUCUGUUUAUAGAAAUGGAACGGAUAUCAUUUUUAAAUAUCAUGGGAUUGUAUCACUACGAGUGGAAGAGGCCAGCUCCCCAGCUAACCCCUCAAAGAAGGACAAAGUAGCUACCAUUAAUGACCAUCAUCUUCAACAAAAGAAAACUUCCAGAAAGAUAGAAUUGCCUCAGGCCGAUAAGGUGGAGCGAACACCAAAUUCACACUUCCAGAGUCAGGACCCUUCACCAUCCUUUCCAAAGAAAUGCAGCCUGGAAUUAAAGGGCUUUUUGCAUUUUGAAGAAAUCCUCCAGAAGUUAUUUCAGUGUGAUGGGAUUUCCUGGAAGCUGUGGAGCUCUACAAACAAGGGAACGAUUGAGAGGACUUGUCCUCCUGAAUGGAGUUACCAUUCUGGUUACUGCUAUUCCUUGAUUACUGAGAAGAAAAUCACCUGGAAUGCAGCUGCUCAAGCUUGCCGGGAACAACACCUGGGCAGCUUAGUAAGUGUGCUUACUAAACAACACAUGAAAUGGCUUUGGGACUUCAGUGGAAGAAAACCUUUUUGGAUAGGUUUGAAUGAUCAAGUGAAUGCUGGCCACUGGGAGUGGAAUGGAGGAGAAACUGUUACCUUCACAAACUGGAAAAGAGGGCCUCCCCGUCACUCAAAAAAGGGAAAAAACUGUGUUUUGGUACAAAGGCGAGGAAAGUGGCAAACCAAGAACUGCAGGAAGGGCAAAGGUUACAAUUAUAUAUGCUCCAGGAAAUUGUAAACGUAGUUGACAUUGAAAAGGCCUAAUGGACUUCCCUCAUGGAGCAAUGCUUUUUAACAUAUUUAUUUUCAGUAUUGUGAAGGUAUAUGUUUAGGAAUGUAACUUCAUUAUUGUUAAGGGUUGCUUUAUGGAUUUGUCAUUGAGUAUAAAAGGCUUUAUUAAA